CUCAAAGCCAACCCGCGCCGCCCAUUGGCCGAGCCUCGGGUGGGCGGCGCCGAGCCCGCGGUAUAUAUAGCUGAGGUAGCGUGCACGCAGCCACAAGCAGUGUGUGAGUCAGUGCAGUGAGGGGGAGGUGGCAGCGGCGGAGGCCGGUGAUCGCUGGGACAGCCGAGCCGGACAAGGCACUCUCUCACUCUCACACACUGACUGACUGAGCCCGAGUCCGAGCGCUCUGCCGGUGAAUGAGCGACGGUGGCUGCUGGGGGCCAAACUAGCAUGGAGUGCCCUGUGGACGCGCAGAGUCUAAUCAGCCUGUCCCUGAGGAAGAUCCACAGCUCCCGCACCCAGCGCGGGGGGAUCAAGCUGCACAAGAACCUGCUGGUGUCCUACGUGCUGCGCAACGCCCGGCAGCUCUACCUGAGCGAGCGCUACGCCGAGCUGUACCCGCGGCCGCCCUGCCCGCAGCCCAUGGAGUGCGCGGAGGAGAUCCCCGAGCUCAGCCCGCUGCAGAUCCCCGAGGAGGGCGAGGACGACAUGUACCAGCUGCCCCGCAUCCACACCGGGCCCGAGCCGCUGGAGCCCGCCUGCCCGGCCGAGGAGCCCCUGGAGCUGCCCCCCUGCGCCCUCACCCCGCACCCGGCCAAGGAGCUCUUCUACCCGCGGAGCUGCUGCUCGGAGGAGCCGGGUGCCGGCAGCACGCACUGCCAGCAGACCACCGUGCUGGACCUGGACACGCACGUUGUGACCACCGUGGAGAACGGCUACCUUCACCAGGACUGCUGCGCUUCCCAGUGCCUCUGCCAGCUGGCACAGUGCCCGGCGCUGCCCCCAGCGGUGCCCACGGCGGCCCCCAAACGCAGGUACCCCCAGGCCGGCUGCUACACCUACACCGCCGGCCACGGGGACGACGAGGACUUGGAAGCCCAGUUUGCCCCCUGUAAGAGGGGGAGGUAUGAGGACUUCUUCUACCACCACCCCCAGGUGGGACCCCCAGAGCACAGUGACUCCUCCAACAUCUCCAACCUGAUCUCCAUCUUCGGAUCCGGCUUCUCGGGGCUGAUGAGCAGGCAGGCAGAGGCUGAGCAGACCUUGAAUGGACACUUGUGUGGGAAGCAAGCCCUGUCCAGCCUGGGAGCUUGGACCAUGGAAAUAGUGGCUUUCUAGCAUCUGCUGGAGAUGGGGACAUGGGGGGGUGGUGGUGGUGGUAGGGGGCUGUGGGGGUCCUCUUCUUGGGGGGGGGGAGUGAAGGAUGAUGGAAGAAGAAGAGACAAUGUUGGUGGGUUGAUGAGUUUUGGGGUGGUGUCUUUUGGACACUGAAUUCAGGACUUGCAAAUAAUAAUAAGGAAAAAAAACUGUUUUUUAUAAGAAGAAGAAAAACUGUAUAGAAUUCUAAGAUAUUGGACUUUAUUUUUGCAAAGAAAAGAAAGCACCUAUUUAAUUGAGUUUUUUUUUGUUUUUUUUAUAUAUAUAUUUUAACUUGUAAUGGUGAAUCUAAAUUCACACAAGGCAAAGGCUGAUGAGAGGGGUAGGUAAAGAGAUUUUAAAAAAAAUAAAUAAAAAAUUCUGGGGUGACUUGCUGCAUUGGAACAGCUAACUAAUGCACCUUUUUCUUUUAAAAGAAGGGGGUGUCCAGGAAGUGUGAGGCUUAACCCAUUAGCUACAUGUUUGGUCUCUAGCAAUGAAUGGGUUAACCCUCAGUACACAUGGAAUAAUUUUACAUGUUUUUAGUAACUACAUGUGGCUCAUGUUUUUGAACCUUCCAAAUAGCUGUAUUUCAGGCAUACCAUGGCCAUGAGGUAACAAGAAUAUGUUUUAUGGAGAAUAUAUAGAGGGCUCAAUACUUCUUUUUUUUCUCUCUCUCUCUUUCUAUCGACCCUCUCAUCGGCCUUUGUCCUUCUCUUGUGUGAAUGAAGGGAUUGCAAGAUGAAGGCAGAAAUGAUAACAUUUUAACUUUAAUUUUUUUUAUUUUAUUUGAGAUCUGUGUUGUGAAUUAUCUUACAGUAAUGUCAGAUGGUUUUAAUGCUGUUGCAUAUAAAAGGGGUCUUGCUUUUUGGGGGGCGGGAGGGGGUUCUCUAAUGCCACUUGUUCCAUUAUUAGACUGUAGUGUCCUGGGACAAUUUUAAAACCAUAUAGACCACAUGAAGCCAGCCCCUCAAACCAACACUUACCUGGCUAUUUCCACUUACUGGGGUCUCACAUGAGUUGUGAAAACACUACUUUUUAAAGCUAUGUUUAAUGUCUUGGUUAAUAAUUUUAUAUAUUUUUUUUAAAGUUCAUCUGUUCUACUUUCAGCCUUCAACUGACUUCAUGAAACCAGCAUUGUUUGGUCUUGUGAUAAAUCUGUCCAUGUGUUUUUUAUUUUAUUUUUUUAAUUUGGCAUUAAAACCUUUUGUUGUAAAAAGGUGGUUUUGGGAAAUCCUACCAUGCCAAUAUCUUCAGUACAAGCACUAUGUGUAUUAAAUACAUUGCCAAACGUUAUUUUCUUUUUUAUUUUUUAAUAUAUUAUUUUGAUUCAUUCAUGUAUUGUGUAUAUUGAACUGUCUGUCACCGGGUAAACUGUUCAAAUUAUUUGUUUAAAUUUAUAAUCUUAAUAAACAUGAAAAGUUUAUUCAAAGCUA